AUGGCGACUGCUGUGCCUGCCACGGAAACUGACGAGCUUGCCGCCAGCAUUGAAAACCUCAUGGUGGAACCUGAGAUUCUCAUCUCCCUCCGCGACGGCGACCUCAUGGGAUGCUCCACCACCAGCGAAGCCGCUGCCAUCUCGGUGUCACUCGACGCACUCGCGGGCUUCCAUUCCAACGGAGUCUUCGUCUUCAAAGACCCCCAGGCUCUCGAGGCAUACUUCAGCAACACUUCCUCGACCCGUGCAACUGCUACCAAGCUCCGACUGGUUCCAAUGCACCAAUGUAUCACCAACCCCAUCCUCAGGAUGCACAUUGCGACGAAGAUGGCCGAGGAGAUAAAUGCUCGGCUCACGCUCCCGCCUGUUAACCGCCCUUCUCCCCAGUACCCUAUCGAACCCAAGGGCUACGAAUUUGUCGAGCUCGUCAACGAUUGGAGAGCUGCUUGUAGGGCUGCUCCAAAUGAACAUGAGGUGGAAGAGAUCAUCUUUGAUCUAUCGGGAGCCAGCAGGCUCUGCCCAAGCUACAUCUCUCGCUUGCUCCAGAACAUGAGCACUGUUCUUGCUGUCAAGGCCGGGGGCCCGUUCCACAGCCGACUUCGCGAUGAUGAGUCCUACCAGUACCAGGAGAAUGUGGUGAAAGGUUUGGCUAGUAACCGGCUUUACGUGGAGCUGAUGCAGGUGGAGAUGCAACAGGAGAUGAUUCAAUUCCUCAGCACCCUAACUACGAUUGGGAUGGGGGUCUUUUUCCCUGGCAUCUAG